CACUCGUUCAAACCUGAAAGCGAAGCGGCAUUUCGACAAGUUUCAAUUUACCUCCAAAACGCGCCCUUUUCAAAAAAGCUUCGGAGAUGGAGGCCGCGUCGAAGCCGUCGAGAGGCGCCGGAGGAAGGAAAGGCGGGGAGGGGAAGAAGAAGGUGCCGAAGUCGGUGAAAGCAGGGCUUCAGUUUCCGGUCGGCCGUGUCGCUCGCUAUCUGAAGAAGGGACGCUACUCUAAGCGCACCGGCGUAGGUGCUCCUGUUUAUCUCGCUGCCGUUCUCGAAUACCUAGCCGCUGAGGUUUUGGAGUUGGCGGGGAAUGCGGCGAGAGACAACAAGAAAAAUAGGAUCAAUCCGAGGCACGUGCUUUUGGCAGUGAGGAAUGAUGAGGAAUUGGGGAAAUUGCUGCAUGGAGUUACCAUCGCGAAUGGCGGUGUUCUGCCUAACAUUAACCCGGUUCUGCUGCCCAAGAAAUCUUCUGCUCCGGCUGAAACUGGUUCAAAAUCCCCCAAGAAGAAGGCCUAGGCUUUGUUUCUAGUUUUCUUACCCCUUGGGUUACCUGUAAUUAUUCUCGUCUUAGGAGGCUUUUAUUUGUUUUCCCCUUUUUAAUAUUGGCCUUUCUUAAGUAGACGUAAUUCGACAAAAUCUAAUGCAAAAGCUCUUUUUGUUCUCAAA